GGUCAGCUUCACGCAGUGGUACAUUCCGAGAGUACCCGGAAAACCAUUAAAACACAUCAAACCCGCGCAGCGUUUGAUUUAAGGAUUGCAUUGAAACUAAGGUGUGGAAGCCUUAAUCUGAAGCCAGCGUCACUAGUACAACAUGCAGGAAGACUCAACUCGCAGUCCGAGCUACACAGUGACAUGUGAGGACUACGUCCAUGUGGUAGAAUUCAGUCCUUUCAGCUCAGGUACCCAUGCCUCUCUCCUGGCCUACGGUGGAAACCAGUUUGUGGUGGUGGGCACCUGCCUCUUCCAGGAGGAAGAUAUGGAGGUGGAAGGAGUUGAAUUCAGUGUUCUUCGAGCUUUUCAUCACGAAUUGCGUGUUGAUGCUCUGGCGUGGAGCCCCGAGUCUCGACUGGACAGGAUUCCAACUAUCAGAUUGUGCACCGCAGCAGCUGACAGAAAGCUCCGCCUGCUGACUUCUGAUCUUCAGGAUAGGCAUGAAGUCAAGGUGAUGGAGGGUCACACCAGCUACAUUAACCAUUUGGUGUUUGAGCCCACAGAGGGGAAACAAAUUGCUUCCGUCAGUGAUGACCACACUUGCAGGGUGUGGGACCUGGAUGGAAAUGAAAGCGCUGUUUUCAGACUUCGCUCUCCUGGCGUAAGCGUGUGCUGGCAUCCAGAGGAGGUCUUUAAGUUAAUGGUGGCAGAGAAAAAGGGAACGAUUCGUUUUUACGACCUGGUUACCCAGCAGGCCAUCCUAUCACUGGACUGCGGGCCGCUCAUGUCGGCCGACUGGUGCCUCACCAACACCAUCAAAGUGGGUGCUGUGGCAGGCAAUGACUGGCUUAUCUGGGACAUAACUCGCUCCAGUUACCCACAAGAGAAAAGACCUGCACAUAAAGACAAAGCUCGGCUGUUCAGAUGGUCUCGGGCCAAUGAAAACCUGUUUGCCACCACCGGAUGUCCAGGAAAGAUCAGUAGUCAGUUACUCAUCCACCAUCUUGGCCACCCACAGCCCGUGGUGAUCGGAUCGGCCCCCGUAGGAUCUGGCCUCAGCUGGCACCGGACGCUGCCGCUCUGUGUGGUUGGCAGCGACAGGAAAUUGUGCUUUUGGAUGACUGAAAUGUAGCAGCCUAUUGGAUGAAUGUAUGGUCUCUGUUUUAGCGAAUGUUCAAUAAAAUAUUUUUCAGAGAA